CCUCAUCUUUCCCUCCUCCUCCUCUCUCUCACCUCAAGUCUCAAUUCUCGUAAUAAAAUAGGUGCAAUAAUCCGGCUUCUCUCCGCAGGCUUCCCUUCUCUUUUCUCAGUGGGUGGGAUGGAGGAACUCUCUCACUUUGGCGGUGGAAGCACCUCAAGGGAGUCUUUCUUAUACCUUCCCUCAGCAGCCACAACCACGGGAUCAGCUCCACCGCCUCUGAUCGCGGCCUCGUAUGGCCGGAAUUCUUACCCCGGCACUGCCAAAUUACCUUACCUCAAACAUCCACCCCUCAGACCUGAAGCCGGUUCUUCUCGACAACCAUCUCGAGUAAGAGCAGUGGAAGGAGGGGAGAUAUCUGCAAGUAAUACAGAAGACAUCAAGGCCAAGAUCAUGUCUCACCCUCAGUAUUCGAGUCUUAUUGGAGCCUAUAUCGACUGCCAAAAGGUAGGGGCCCCGCCGGAUGUGGUGGCACGGCUGUCGGCCUUGGCCCAAGAGCUCGAGUCGCCUUGGAGCUGCCGUCAAGAGCCCUCCUCCGACCCCGAGCUCGAUCAGUUCAUGGAAGCAUACUGUGAUGUAUUGAUGAGGUACCGGGUGGAGCUAACGAGGCCCUUUCAAGAAGCCAUGGACUUCCUAAAGACGGUGGAGUCACAGUUCAACGCGCUCACCAACACUUCCUCGUUGCGGCUCUUCUCCUCCGAUGAAAGAUGUGAAGAUGUUGCAUCCUCCGAAGAGGACCCUGAUGCCAGCGGUGGAGAAGCUGAUAUUUUAGAGAUUGAUCCAAGAGCCGAGGACAAAGAGCUGAAGCACCAUCUGCUAAAGAAAUAUAGUGGGUAUUUGAGCAGCCUUAGGCAAGAGCUAUCCAAGAAAAGGAAGAAAGGAAAACUACCAAAGGAAGCCCGACAGAAACUGCUCAAAUGGUGGGAACUCCACUACAAAUGGCCUUAUCCGUCGGAAUCAGAAAAGUUAGCUCUGGCUGAAUCGACCGGCCUUGAUCAGAAGCAAAUCAACAAUUGGUUUAUAAACCAAAGGAAACGGCAUUGGAGGCCGUCGGAGGACAUGCAACUCAUGGUGAUGGAUGGUUUUCAUCCGCAGAAUGCUGCUGCCUUGUACAUGGAAGGGCAUUUCAUGGGUGAUGGUCUUUACCACGUCGGUCCAUAAUUAAUGUACACCUACUUGCAAAGUUCCCCAGUGGGAUAGCUAAAAGCUAUCGAUUUGAGCUAAACUUAGCAACACAUUUCUGAAAGCCACAAUCCCCAGUAAACCAAAUCAACCUGAUCUUUCUGAGCCCCUGCUGAGGGGAAAUCUUUGGAGGUUUUAAGAUUUCAUUUGCCAUCUUCAUUUUUCAUGGAACUUAAGGGUCAUUUUGGCAGGUCAGAUAUACUGUACUGUGUGACAAGUCUUUUAGGUGGUGAAAGUGCAACUCUCUGCAAGUUAAUGCUUGCAGUUUAAUUUUAAUUAGAGGCAGCGGCAAUAUGAGCUUGUGAAAUCGAAAGAUUGCAUAAGUGCAGUGUUUGACUUUGUUGAUAUUGUGUGAUAUGUUGAUUUAAUAUCAAUCCUGUGGAAAAAAGUUGAGUUUUUGUGA